AUGUGGAGAGCUCCACGAUAUGACACAUUUGGACGAGAUCUGGCCCUCGUGAUAGGCAUUCUCAUCUUUCUACUGCUGUGUAUUAUCGUAGCAUAUGCUGCAUACAAAGAGAUCUCCUACGCAAGAAAGCCACCUCCAGCACGUCAACGUAGCACACAACCUUAUGGAGACGAUGUUCUGAAUGAGUUCGCUCCAGGUCCUGGAGCAGGAAUGGCAGGCAUGUACCAAUUCGAUCCAGAGCCUAUCAACAACGCAAGGCGCGGUCAGUUCAAAGAUAAAAGUUCAAAGAUGAAAUUGAAGGGAAUGCCUCCGCAAGGUGCUGGUCAAGGUCCCGCGUCAGCUGAACAUACCAGACAGGCUCGUUCCGUGGGCAUGAGUGACGCCCCCAAACGGAAUCGUGUCCCUUCUCUAGAACCCGAUAUUGUGAUUGAAAACCAGGACCCACCAGUGAUUAUAUGCGGUAACGAAGAUGUGCAAUUCAUCCAAAGUGCACGAAGAUGA